AUGAUACGCCUAUUCAACCGCUUAUACGCGCUAUGCGCCGUAGCGGCUUGCACAAUUCUAUACUCGGCUUGGUUUCUGACCUCCCGCAACCUCGGGGACAUUGUGCCUCUGGCGGCGGAACAGUUCCGGACGGCAUCUUCGUUUGAUCAGCGAUUGGUGGUGUUUGGGGAUUCAUGGAGUGAUAAUGAGACAGACGAAGAGCAAGGGAGAAUCUGGACGGAUUGGCUUUGCGGGAUGUUCUCGUGUCACCAGGAGAAUCUUGCUCAGACAGCAAAGUACUCUCUCAGGGGCAAAUACACCGGCUCGGUGGUUGAUAAUGCCGAGCUCGACUUAUUCGGCCGUCUGUCUCAGACCAAGUUGGCCGAUUUCAAGACCCAGCUUAAACAAUGGCUGGACGCGGAAUCUGCCGCGUUGGUCGGCCUUUCCGAAGAUCAGGUUCGUUCCCGCCAGGACCGUACUAUCUUCGUCGUCUCGUUUGGCAUCUGGGACGUUUGGAGUCUCGUGACGAAGGAUUACGAUCAAGCGGCCGGUUCGAUCGAGCGUCGUAUUGAUAAGCUCAUGCAACAGUUGAACCAUCUGGCCGAGCAUUGGGGCUCGGGAUCGGAGAACCUCAAGGUCAUCCUGACGCAGACGGUCGAUGUGACCUUUUUGCCCGGGUUUACGGCUACGGGGGGUGACGAGUAUAAGGAUGCGGUGCGGAUUCUGGACGUGUGGAAUAGGAAGCUGCGCGAGGCGGCCAAGAAGUGGGAUCGGGGCACGAUUUACUUGUUCGAUACGAAUGCUUUUGUGAUGGAUCGGAUUCGGGAUUGGCAGUUGUAUGCGGCUGGGAUUGAGGAGGAGAAUGGAUUGGGGACGAAUCAGGAUCCGGGUUGGGAGAAUGUUGGCGAUGCUUGUGUUGAGAGUGAGAGUGGCAUUCAAGUCAUGAUGUCAAAGGACAAGUCCAAGGCGAAGAAGCCGUGUGAACAUCCAGACAAGUACCUGUUCUGGAACGAUAUGCAUCUGGGACCCAGUGCGCACCGUCUCAUGGCGACGGAGAUCUACCAUGGGAUCGACGGGGUUCUCUUGAACCCGAAGGACUCAGAGAGCAGUGCCACUGCUGGUACCAAGUCCGGGUCCGGGUCCACCAGCACGACCAACUCGGAUGAGUCCAUACCCAAGACAGGCGCAUCCAAGCGCCACAACCGACGGGCCUCUGCAGCUUAG